UCCUAAAUCGGCCGGUUCCCGCAGAAAUCGAGCGAGUUGGUUGAAGAAUUCGUGACUUACCUGCAAAAGUUUUCGCUCUCGAUCGUUCUCGCAAGCAUCGAAUAGACAUGGACGCGUUCGCUUCCUUCUUCCAAUCGAGCAAUCGCAAUGGCUGGAGCUACGAUUCCCUCAAGAACUUCCGCCAGAUAUCUCCCGUCGUUCAAUCUCACCUCAAACAGGUGUAUCUGUCCUUAUGUUGCGCCUUGGUCGCGUCGGCUGCUGGUGCUUACCUGCAUCUGUUGUUGAACAUUGGCGGGCUUCUCACGACAUUUGCUUGCAUCGGAAGCAUGCUAUGGCUGCUUUCUACUCCUCCGUACGAAGAGCAAAAGAGGUUUGGUCUGCUCAUGGCGGCAGCUCUCUUUGAAGGAGCAGCUAUUGGUCCUCUCAUCGAAAUGGCCAUCAAGGUUGACCCGAGCAUUCUGAUAAGCGCAUUUGUGGGAUCCGCUUUGGCCUUCGCUUGUUUCUCAGGCGCAGCCAUGUUGGCUAGGCGGAGGGAGUACCUAUAUCUUGGUGGCUUGCUUUCUUCUGGGCUCUCCAUGCUCAUGUGGUUGCAAUUCGCGUCCGCUAUCUUUGGCGGAUCUGCAGCCAUCUUUAAGUUUGAGAUAUACUUUGGGCUUCUAGUGUUCAUCGGCUAUGUGGUAGUGGACACUCAAGAGAUAAUCGAGCAAGCACACCGUGGUGAUCUGGACUACGUGAGGCAUGCGUUAAACCUCUUCACUGAUUUUGUGGCUGUUUUCGUCCGAAUCCUGAUCAUCAUGUUAAAGAACUCUGCUGAGAAGACCGAGAAGAAGAAGAAAAGGAGAGACUGAAGUGGCUGUGGUCCAAUCGUGGCUCGUGGCAAGGAUCCAUCUCGUACUCCUUACUUUCUUCUAUGAUUAAGUUUGACCAAACGCCGUUUGAUGGUGUGUCCGAGUUGUUCUCAUGUUUUCCCCCCCUUUCUGUAUAGAAUUACGGUUUGACCUUGUUCUUCAGCGUAGCUCCCAUCAAGUCUCUUUUUAAUCUGUUUCGGCAUGUCGUCUGCUCAUUAUCUACUGCGUACUGAUAACUCUAAUGUGAAUGAGU